AUGAGUGUGACCAUGGACCAAGGUGCCGAUGCAUUAUUACAAGCUGCGCUUGCGCGGCCUUCACCAGAGGAGCUGAGCGACAUUGAGGUUGACGGAGACGGAUCCAGCAGCUUGAGUGAAAUUGAGGACAAAGAUGCUGAACAGGAUGAAGAUAUAGAAGGAAGUGACGAUGAACUCAGUAACAUAUCAGACGACGAAAACGAAGAGAACGAUUCGGAGGCAGAGACAGAACGGCUCGAAGAAUCACCGAACAAAUUUCGACCCCAAAAAGACGUCGUCCUAAGCUCUCACAACGGCAAUACGUCCUACGAUCAUACCCCGAGCAAACUUCAUAACCAGAUUACUGCCGAAGAUCAGGAAGACGACGAUGACGACGACGAAGACCCAUUGUCCGAGGCAGAAUUGUCAAUGGAUGAGUCCCCUGAGUCCCCAAAAAGUUCAAACCACGAGGAUGCAGACGAAGUUCCGACUGCGCCAACAUCUCUAGACGAUUCGUCCGGCGAGAACAAAAACCUACUCUCCAUUGAAUCAGAUACCCGAAAACGAAAACGGUCAAUAAUGGCAGGAAGUGGACUCGAAGAAGAGCUUGGAGAGCCGCUGCGGAAGCGCACUGGGUCUGUCAUGAAGACUGGCGACGAGUAUGCGGUGGAUGACGAUACGCAACAGGAGGAAGACCUUGAUAUUGAACCCAACCAUCUCAGCGGAAAUAUAUCGGGGGACGAAGGUGGGGUAGUCAUUGAGGACGGUCUGGCCGAGGGGAUUGAGGAAGUGCUACAGGCUACAGCUGUAGCAGCGGGCAUAGACACUGCCGUCUCGCCCAAGAAACGGGGACGGAAAAGGAGGAAAGGAAUCGAAAAUGGUGUUCAUAACGCCGAAGAGCCGGAAAACGUCCUCGAGGCAGAAGCCAUUGUCAACGGACAAGACGAUUUACGGCGGGGGGAAGAAGACAACGCUGAAAAUGAAGGAGACGACGAGGCAGAUGCUGCACAAAAGAACGAGGAAGAGCUCGAAAAGAGACGUAUUGCCUUAGAACAAUUGGGCGCCAUAGAACGCCAGUUUACGACCUUCAGGGACAGGUAA